AUGGGCAACACCCAAAGCGCGCAUAAAAUCUCUGCGCAGGACAGGGCAAUCCUGGACAUGAAAAACCAACGCGACAAACUACGACAAUAUCAGAAGAAAGUCACCGUCAUAACGAACCGUGAGACCGAGAUUGCACGCGAAUGUCUAGCCAAAGGCGACAAGCCCAAAGCACUUCUCGCCCUGCGCCGCAAGAAGUACCAAGAAUCCCUCCUCUCCAAGACCGACGCCCAGCUCGAACAACUCGAGAAAUUGACGAGUAGCGUGGAGUUCGCGCUGGUCCAGAAAGAUGUAAUGUUCGGGCUACAACAAGGCACGCAGGUUUUGAACCAGAUACACAAGGAGAUGGGCGGUUUGGAAGGCGUCGAGAAAAUGUUGGCCGAUUCGGAAGACGCUAGAAAGUACCAGGACGAGAUCAGCGAAGCGCUCGCCGGACAGAUGUCUAACGCAGACGAAGAUGAAGUUGAGGACGAACUUGAGGCUAUGGAACGAGAAGUCUCCGGAGUGAGUGUACUACCUGAUGCGCCGAACAAGACGAUCGUGGGAGAGGGCACUUUGCCUGACGCGCCUACUACCGAGUUGGAGAGAUUACAGAAGCAGAAGGAACGAGCACGACAAAGAAGAGUGGCGUUGGAAGCUUGA